GGCUUGAAGCCUACCGGUGACGCUGGCGGCGAUUGCCGUGACUUCAAGCAGUCCGGCCAGACAUACUCACGAGUCGGAAAAUCACAUGAUAGAUGGGCAGUCCUAUACAGCUACUACUUGCCCAAGGUCCAAGGGAAAGAAGAGCAGCAUCGCCAUCACUGGUUGACUGUUGUCGUUUGGCUUGCUUUCGACACAUGUCCGGAUGAUGCCAGAGUUUUCUCCCGUCGCGGCGUGAGCUACUCUACCAGCCCCGGCAACUUCGACACCAUCAGACCCAACACUCUCUUCACCGAUGAUGAGUACGGCCUUGGGACGCACCAUAUCGUGGCGUACGACGCUGGCCAACCCAUUUUCCCCUCCAGCUCAGGGCCGGUGAGCGCCCUGAGACCCCCUCUGGUGGGCUGGCAGAACCUCCCCAGCCUCGUCAAGGAGCAGUUCAAUGGAAUGCAGUACAAGCACACCAAGGUUCCCUUCAGCGAUAAUAAUUUCCAGGGCUUCCUGGAUGCCGUCUACUCCGACGCCUUUUACAAGGAUAUGCCAAUUGGUGAGGAUUGCGGAUCCGACGACCCGCCUCAGUCCGAAAUCGACCCGGACUUUGGUGAGGCCCUGCCGACUUCCACAGCCCCGGUUGCGGAACCUACUGACGACGCUCUUCGUCGAUGAAGUGCUCGUCUUCCUUGCUGCGCCGAAUAUUGGACACUGGUGGCAUGUAUUAGUAGGCAAACACUAGUAGAACAGUGCACGUGUACAACCGUGGUAGCUGUGCGUGC